CUCUCUCUUCCCGCCCUCCCUUCCCCGAACCUUACCUCCGAGCCCCUCCCUCCCCGUUUCGCCUCUCUCUGCACACUCUCUGAGUGCCCCUCUCCCUCUCUCUCCCUGUCGCAGAGACCUGAAUGAUCGCACCCACGAUUGCUGCACCAUCUGCCAACCUUGUAAUCGGCUGCCGAGCACGAGCCAGAGGUAACUGACCCCAAGUGGUUUUCACAGAAAGCAGAUGCUUACAGUCUGGGCGUUCUGCUUUUCAAGCUCUUGAUUGGUAAACCGCCUGCUCAUGCCUUUCUCUUUUUCCUUCUGCUCUCUCCUUCGAUGGGCUUUGUGUUCUCUCGUUCGAUGGGCUGGUCACGUUCUUACCACAAUGUCGGAGCCGCCUAUAUUGCUGAGAAGUCACUUUCCUGUGAGAGAAAUUACUCGGCAGAGCUCGAGAAGGCAACUAGAACGGCCGUGCUUUCUAAUAGCGAACGAAUCUUGAAGCCAACCCCUUUUGUUAUUAAUGAUACUAGGACUGAUCGUGUUGUUGAAAGGGUUGUCUUUGAAGGCAGAAACUCUCCGAGACGAUUUCACAGUUUCUCCAGGAACACAUUAUUUCCUGGAAGGGCCCUCACACUGAGCCUUUUCAAUAAUCUUAGGCCUGCCUGCUUGCUUGGCUUCGCUGUCUAUGAUGUAGAGGGCAUUAGGUCACAAGUUUAUGCUUCGGGCAGCAUGCUGUUUCCUGGGAAAGCUUUGAGUUUUAGUAGAAACGCUUUUUUGUUUCGUCGAACCAACACUUUUGACGCCGCCCAGAUGAAUAUUCCACGUGAAAUCACCAUUUCUGUGGAACAAAACCCUGGCCGCAUCUCUCGGAAAGGACGGGAUGCUGCUCAAGAUGCGGUUCUGGACUAUCUACACUGCACCAGAGGUUUGCAUUUUACUGAUGCAGAUCACAUGAGCAAGAACUCACCGGAUUUCAUUCGGAAACUCCUUUCUGUUGUUGGAGAUGAACAGGAAAUAAAACAUGCCUUGAUUAGGUUCUUUCGCUACCAUCCCAUCAAUGAAUUUGAACCUUUCUUUGAAAGUAUAGGCUUGAGGCCCUCGGAAUUUGCUCCAUUUCUUCCAAAAGGUCUGUUGUUCCUCUGUGAUGAUCGGCUAUUGCUUGAAAAUUAUCAUGUUCUGUGCAACUAUGGUGUCCCUCGCAUUAAAUUGGGAAGGGUAUAUUUGGAAGCAAGGGAGGUAUUUAGGUAUGAUUAUGGAAUCUUACAGUCCAAGAUAAGAUCUUAUGAAAUGCUAGGAUUGAACUCCAGUACUAUAAUUAAGCUUAUUGUCUCAUGCCCUUUACUUUUGGUCGGUGAUGUAAACUCGAGCUUUGCAAAGGUUCUUGAAGAAUUCAAAGAUAUGGGGAUAGAAUAUGACUGGCUUGGUGGGUGUGUUUCUGAGAAGAGCUCAUAUGAUUGGAGUAACAUUCUUCGGCUGAUGAAGCAUCUUAAAGAAUUUGGUUGCAGCAAGAAGGAUCUGGGUGAACUUCUUAGGAAGCACUGUGAAUUUUUAUUUGACGCUUCUGGAAGUAAGACUUAUACACUCAUUACUCUGUUUCUGAAAUCAGGCCUUAGGAUGAACGAGAUAAUGAGCAUUCUCUUCGAGUUCCCUGAAGUUGCAGUUGGAAAUUUUGUAAAGAAUUUCUGGCAGGGUAUUCACUUCCUUAAUGAAAUUGAGAUGAAAAGAGAGGACAUUGCUAAAAUUGUUCGCAGCCAUCCACAGCUUCUGGGUUCAUGUUGUUUCAAGAAAGCUUGUGUGCUGCUGUCAGAGUUGAACGUGGGAAGAAAGAGGCUAUGCACAAUUAUUCUCGAGGAUCCUAAUCAAUUGAGUCAAUGGGUUAAGGGGAGAAAGGUGAGACCCCUCCCUGGGACUGGUGAGGAGGAUAAAGCUCGAUAUCAAAAGACGGAGUUCUUGCUGAGACUUGGGUUUCCAGAGAAUUCAGAUGAAAUGGCAGUAGCCUUCAGGCGAUUCCGUGGAAGGGGAGAUGAGCUGCAGGAAAGAUUUGAUUGCCUUGUGAAAGCGGGAAUGGAUUGCCAAGACGUUGUUAAAAUGAUCAAAGUAUCUCCUCCAGUGCUUAAUCAAUCUUCUGAUGUCAUUAUGAAGAAAAUUGACAUUCUUGUAAAUAGUUUAAAUUAUCCAUUGCAGACAAUAGUCACAUUUCCAUCACUUCUUUGCUAUGAUCCUGAAAGGAUUAAACUCAGGGUUUCAAUGUAUAACUGGCUCACAGAAAGAGGUUUUGUCAGACCCAUGUUGUCUUUAAGCACAAUUCUUGCUUGUUCAGAUGCACGAUUUGUGAAGCAUUUUGUAAACGUUCAUCCAGAAGGCCUACAAGUGUGGGAAAGGUUAAAAGAUACAUGCCAUGAACCAUGAAGACUCCCAACAAAUUCAGUAGUGUCCUAAUCAGGUUACUAUCUUGUGCUGUUGCUGAUCCAUAUGCUAUCAUAAUUGGAAACCUGCAAGUCGCAUCAGAUGGGUCCUGAUCAGUCACCACUGCAACUUCAGAGA